AUAUGGAAAAGUAUUCAAAUCCAAUCUUUUUGGCUCUCCAACCAUUGUUUCAUGUGACUUAGAGUUCAACACAUUUGUCCUUCAGAAUGAAGGCAGGUUGUUCCAAAGCAGCUACCCUAAAUCUGUUAGAGACAUUCUUGGCAAACACUCUUUGAUUCUUGCCACUGGUGAUCUUCACAAAAAAUUCCGAAGUAUUGAAGUUGGCCUCAUCAAUAAAUUCAAGUGCAAACCCGAUUUUGUCGAUCGUGUUGAUAAGUUAUGUAGCUCGUUAAUGGAAUCAUGGAGAGGAAAUCAAGUGGUUCUCUUAUCAAAAGAAGCUAAACAGUUUAGCUUUAAUUUGAUGUUGAUGAAUGUACUGGACAUGGAACCUGGAGAGCCACUAGCUUUGCAAUUAUUAGAAGAUUUCUUGACUUUCAUGAAAGGAUUUGUGUCCAUUCCAAUAAACUUUCCUUGGACAUCCUAUGCCAAGGCUCUUAAGGCUCGUACGAGGAUCUCGUCCACCUUGAAGCAAGUAGUGAAAGAUAGAAAAAAGAGAAAAGAUUUGAGGAUUAAUGAGCUAGCCAUUUUUAAUGAGAAUUUAUUCAAAGAACACUUAACUGAUGUGGAGAAAGUAAGCAUUUUACAAGACAUUCUGUUGGCUGGUUAUGAAACAACCUCAGGACUUCUGUCCCUACUCGUCUAUUUUCUUGCCCAAUCACCAAAAGCUCUCCAUUACUUGAAGGAUGAACAUCGAGCAUUAAGGAGAAAGAAAGAGGAAGGGGAACCCAUAAACUGGGAAGAUUAUAAGCAAAUGAAAUUCACCAGUAUGGUCAUUAAUGAGACUCUACGUUGUGGCAACUUGGUGAAGUUUGUUCACAGGGAAGCUAUCAAGGAUGUAGAAUUCAAAGGAUAUCAUAUACCAGCAGGAUGGAAAGUUCUUCCUAUCUUGUCCGCUGUACAUCUUGAUCCAUCCCUACAUCAAAAUCCAUCAGAAUUCAAUCCUUGGAGAUGGGCUGAUCCAACCACAAGCAAGAAGGUGAUCCCAUUUGGUGGUGGAUUGCGGCUAUGUCCAGGAUGGGAACUUGCUAAAUUGGAAGCAGCUUUAUUCCUACACCAUCUUGUCAUUAAUUAUAGGUGGACAGCGAAAGAAGAUGAUCAUCCAAUGUUGUAUCCAUAUUUGGAAUUCCCGAAAGGAUUGCUAGUGACUUUGGAAGCAGAAACAAGUAAAUUUUGAGGAUAUUAUUUCUUUAAGGUGAUGGACAACAAGGACAAAGUGAUAGAAUGAGAUUAAUAGAAGUAAUUGUUUGACAAAUUUUAAAUAACAAAAAGA